AUGCAAGACACCAACGCAAGCGCGCCCCACGACAAACCCGUACCGGAGCUCGAAGACGACGCCGUACCAGCAGACGGGGACCGAAUCAUGAUCCUCAAAGCCAAGUGGCUGUCCAUGAUCCUAAACGGACAGAAAACCAUCGAAAUCAGAGGCCAACCUGCACGGGCAGGCCUCAUUUGGUUCGGACACAAUCAACUGCUCCAUGGCAGGGCCUACAUCACACACACCGAAAAGCUGUCCGUUACGACCUUCCGGCAGAUGCAGCACCAACACGGACUGAGCACACACGUGCUGCCAUACCAGCGGACGCACGCACUGCACAUGGCAGACAUCAAGCGCAUGCGCAGCCCGCAGCCGUUUUUUCACCCGAGAGGCGCCGUGGGCUGGGUCAGAUACCGCAACAGACACCAAGCCGGAGCGCCGCAAACGCAAAGAAUCCAACUGGAGGUCGCCAGCUCCGCUCCACGCAACCGCAGACGACCACCGAAGCAGGUGUCCGACAACCAAAACGAAGCAACCACGAGACGGAACCAAACCAAACAGGAAAAUCAAGAACCGCAAAUCACGUCGGAAGACUGCUGCAAACUAAAGCCAAUCCAGCAACGUCGUUGGCACAGCGCCGCACCCACGUCUCAGCGAACAGAUGUCUCGGCAGCCUUCGACAGAGGACACCGAACCUCUUCCACAUCCGUGUUAGUUGCAAUCGUCCUACCAAUCGUCAUCACGUCACUGCUGGAACACCUAGACGCGUGGGCUCUGCAAGACUUCCUACAGGCAAGCAAAAGCACGCACGACGCAAUGCAGCACCAAAGCCUUCGGAAAAGCGCUCAAGCGCUUAGAUGGACCUUAGAGACUUUAACGUUCGACAUCCACCUUCCCGGUCUGCCAAGCGUCUACAGCAUCAAACUCAUUCCACAGCACCUGUUAGACCGAAAAUUGCUGCACCAUUCCUGCGGCACCUCCGUCAAAACGCUCACGAAUAGCACAGCCGCAAACCCGACCGGUCACAGCAGCCGACACAUGCAGGAACUCCUGCGGCAGGGUCGAGCCAGUACAUUCGCGGAGCUCGUCAGGAAAACAAACCCAUCCUGGCGACACGAUGCUCAAUUCCAAGCAUUCCUAUAUUUCCUCGACGACGCCCACACCACCAUCUCCUACAUGCCGCAGUUCAGCAAGAGCGAAUACCAUUUCCGCGACAUCAUCAGCCCGGCCCGCUUACAGCUGAGCUUCCGAUACCAGAACCACGACAGAGCGGAAGGGAGCAGCUCUCCACUCAGCAUCCUCACGGCUUCCACGAUGACACGAGAAGCAAGCGCCCGACGGCACGCCGCCGAAAAGCACAAAAGCCAGCAAAGUUCAGGACUGACCCAGUUCCACGACGUCAGAAUUCCCACUCCACCAGCUCCGCAAUUUCACAUACAGACACCCGACUCCUUGCAAACGCAAGUAGAAAGCCUUGUCAAGAUCAUGUUCGAUCCAACUGCCCACAGCAUCAUAGCCGACGAGCAAGUUCGACACUGGCAGCUCUACCUACAAAACAAGACCUAUGCCGACCCCUACUACACCUUCCCCAACCACUUCAUCCACAACUGCAUCUUCCACUUUGACGUAGCCCUGCACCGAGAAGUGAAAUCCUUCAUCGAGCUCUCCAUCCAUCACAUCCAGGAAGACCAGGAGCAACAACCCAAUACCAAGCUAAUCGCAUGGCAGCGCAACCUGCGUUUCCGAUGCAAGAUCCAGCCCUUUGCAUUUUCCACUUGGCAACAACUGAUUUACGACGUUGAGUUCGACGAUCUCGCCAACUCUGUGGGCUUCACAUACCGGCAAAAGCAGCACUAG